GACUAAGCAGCAGACAUGCGCGCUGUCACAUAAAUAAACCCACUUAUAAAUAAAGGCACGUGACACCCUGUGUGCGCGUGCUCUGGGUGAACCCACACUUUUUCCAGCGCGCUCUGAUUCCUUGAAGCCGGACUCGUUUCUGCGCACACGCCAGUUUCGCUUCCGCGUACUUCCCCGCCUCUUGCUGCCGUGAAAGCUACCAGGAAACACACUCGGAGUCGGAUCACAGCACACUGACAGCGGCGAACCUGCCGGGGACAUGGCAGCCUCUGUGUGCGCCUUCAUCCUGGCGCUUUACGCACUGUGCGGCUCCGCAGCCGGCUCAGGAGGGCUCAGCGCACCCACCCACGUCCGACUGACGUCCUACAACAUGGACCUGGUGCUCAGGUGGGAUCCACCUGAAGGGACGACCGAUGUUCUGACCUACACGGCCGAGUACAGAAGCUUAGCAACUGGAUACAACAAUGGCUGCACAAACACAUCAGCCCUCAAAUGUGAGUUCACCUCCUCCUCCAUCACCGUGCACGGGAAUUACACGGGCAGAGUGCGGGCGCAUCGGGGGGCCGAGAGCUCCAGCUGGGUGGAGAGUAACGUCAUUGUCAUGGACAGACACACCUUCAUCGGUCCACCUGAUGUGACUCUUCAUGUCACUGGGACAUCUUUGGAAGUCAGCAUUAAAGACCCAGUGUUCAAGCAGUCAGAACUGAGGGAGACGUACACCUCGGCCACCUAUAACAUCACCUACUGGAAGAGCAGCUCGAAGGAAGAGGUGGGAACGCCGGUAGAAACAAUGAGUGACAUGAUGCAGGACCGAGUGGUUCUUAGUGACCUGGACCCGCUGAGCGAAUACUGCGUCCAGGUCCAAAUCAUCACCAACAUGAACCCCAGACCGAGCGAGUACAGCGACGUCGUCUGUGAGCGCACCGGUGACGUGGAUGCAGCUCCGUGGGUGGCGGCCGUGGUGGCGUUUGUGGUCAUGGCCACGGUGGUGGCUCUGGUGGUGACUCUGGUGGUCUACUGGAAACAAAUCUCCAAGUUCCUGUGCCCAGAAGUCGUGCUGCCGCCACACUUUAAAGAGUCUCUGCUGCUGAAUGAUCCCAACUCCAUCUACCCAGUCUCGCUGCCCUCUGAGCACUGCGACCACGUCAGCAUCGUAGCAGACCACAGGACUGAGGAGGAAGGAGGGUGCAGCACUCAGCCUGAUACCUCACAGGAUGGGGGCUAGGAGGCGCAGGAGGGGGUGGGAUGCACUUUAAAGACUCUGAGAAUCGGCCUCUGACUGUGAGGUUUUAGAGCUGUGAACUCUGCAGCAGUGAAGUGAUGAAGACGAGCAAGAACAGGUGAAGCUGGCCCAGGUGAAGCUGUUCCCACUGUCACAGGCUGCUGUUUAUACUUUAAUAGUUUAUUCAUGUCAAUGUAAAUGUUUUGCUUUCUACUGGUUUUUUAAUGGUUUUAAUGGUCGGAGGUUAACCGAAGCCUCUGCUGCUCCUGCUCGUAGGAACUAGGUGACCCGAUGCUGGGCUGUACUGAGACAGUCUGGGUCUUUUACUGCUCUGUCUUCGUAGCCCAGUUUAAUUACGUGUUCAGUAACUGGAUUACAACAUAACUACAUGUGAAGGUGUAGCCCUGCAGGCUGUGUGUUUGGGUGUAGUAAUAACUGAUGUGGGGAUGAGGUUGGCUUGGGUUUGCCACCAGCUGCUGUGAGACCUCGCCGUCCUCUGCUGUUUCCAGCGGGUUCACCUUGGAUCUCCAUCAGGCAGGAUUCGGGCCGUCCAGCAGAACUUAUGAUGAAGAAGUGUGAACACUGUAAAUACUCUGAUUUAUUUCUAAUAAAAGUCUUUGUGACGGAUGAAA